UUCUAUGCUUUUAAUUGACUAGUAUUUUUUAUGUAAACAAAUUGAAUUUUUGAUCUCAACAUGAAUGCUGCUAUUAAUUUAGGUGUAGAGGAUAUGACUGUUACACUUGUACGAUAUGGACUGUAUUUAGGAGCACUUUUCCAAUUAUUUUGUCUCUUGGCUUGCGUUUUCAUGCCUGAUUCACCUGAUGAUUCUUGGCUCAAUAAAGGUGACUCUGAUGAUGAAAGUUCAGAGCAAGAAACUCCACUCAAUAGUCCUAGAAGGCCUAUUCAUAGAACUCGUAAACAGGAAAAAAAGAAAAGACGUUGAAAGGAAUUUCUAAUCAGUGGAAUCUAAUAUUGAGUUUUUUGGAUUUAUUUUUAUUUGAGAUAUCAUGCAAUUGCUUUAAAAUUGUUGAAAGUUCCAAGUAAUGCAAUGAGAUGUGAAUCUGGUUUGAAUUAGUUCAUGUUGAGGUGCUCCUUUAUAAUAUUAAUUCAACUAUAGAUAUACUAAUUAAUUGAAUUGCAUCUCACAGUUGAGAAGUUAUGAAAUUAUGUUAUAUUCAAUUAUAACCCACUCUAGGCCCAAUGAAUAUCAUAUAAGAUAGAUAUUUACAAUUUAUUUUACCUAAAGGAAUGUUAGAAUUAAGCGUAUACCAUUCUUGAUUCUGUAGUAGGAAAGUAAGCUCAAGUACUCAAACAAAUAAACAUAUAAAAAAAAUGAGGCAUUAUAAUUUGAAAUGAAAAGAUCCUGAAUGAUUAUUGGUACAAAACUUUAAACGUAUUUCAGAUUCUCUGAGGUUCGGCAUUCUUCAGAUAGAAAUAUUUUUUUAAUUUGCAGUAAAAAUUUAUUUAUAGGUGUGACUAUAUUUAAUGUGGAGUAAAUAUAAUGUGACUCACAAUGAUAAUAUAGUAUAUUAUCGUUAUUUGAAGAGAAACAAGAUAUUAUCAAUACGAGGAUUACUAGCCCAAGUAAGUGCCAUCUAUUGUAGUUCUCUGGACGUUACAAACAGUUUUCUUUUUUUGUUCGAAAUCGUCAAACAUAACCUGACAUAUCUCGAAGAAUGUCAUCGACUCAACGUCAUAAUGGCAAAUUUUUCCAUCAAAAUUUCUGAAUAAAUGGUAGACAUUACUUCAAUAAUAUAACUCAUUUAAUAAUAUUGAUCAUUUUUAAAUACUGGAUAUAGGAAAAGGGUUUCAGGUAAAUACACAUAUAUUUUUUAUAAUUAUAAGAUAUCACUAAUUGAAAAACGAAAAAUUUCAGAAAAGUGGGAUUCAUACUGCAAUUUUUA